AUGGAGGGCGGGUUCGGCUCGGAUUUCGGGGGCUCUGGCGGCGGGAAGCUGGACCCAGGGCUCAUCAUGGAGCAGGUGAAAGUGCAGAUCGCCGUGGCCAACGCGCAGGAGCUGCUGCAGAGGAUGACGGACAAGUGCUUCCGGAAGUGUAUCGGGAAGCCGGGGGGUUCCCUGGACAAUUCGGAGCAGAAGUGCAUCGCCAUGUGCAUGGACCGCUACAUGGACGCCUGGAACACCGUGUCACGUGCCUACAACUCGCGGCUGCAGCGGGAACGAGCCAACAUGUAA